AUGCCCAACUCCAAAUCCAAAUCCAAAUCCAACCCCCUCACAUCCCCCGCAACACCAAUAGCUCUCCAACCCCACCACCUCCUCUCCCCACCCCCAGACCUCCUGACCAACACCGCAACAACUCUAACGAUAACCCCAACCCAAGACGCCAAACCCCCCUCUCCCACAUUCACCGUCCACCGCAUCCGCGCACACGAAUCCCUCGACAACCCAGACCGCACCGUCCUCCUCUACACUGUAUACGGGAAGCCAUGGCCAAACCCGAGCCGCGUAGUGUGCGACGCGGAGGGGAUGCCGGUACUCGUAUUGCGACGAGUUUGGUUAUCACGGAAGUGGGUGGUUCGACUUCCCGACCAGCAGGGGGAUUUAUUAGUUGCUUCAAUGCCGUGGGCUGGGGAUGGACCUGGGUCUAGGGUUGGGGUUGGGAGUGGUGGGUGUAGACUUGAAGUGCGGUUUGUGAAUGCGCUUGCGGUCAGGUCGGGAUCCAUUGCAGGAGAGGGAGCCGGGGCUGUCUCUGGUUCUUUGGACGAUGAGCCACCGCCUUAUAGUGCUGUUUCCGGGGUUAGAGUUGAGGAUGGGGGUGGGGGUGGGGAUGGUCAUGAGGGGAAUGCGAAUGCGGAUGCAGAUGAGGAUGCGGGGUUGGUACAGAGGAAUGAGAAAGAGAUACAUUCACAUGCCGCUCAGAGUCUAAUAGCAUCAAGAUCCAGGAGGCAUACAUACCAUCCUCAAUCCCCCUCCAUCCUCCCCUCCUACGAUUCCGUCCGUCGAGACUCGCCUAAUUCCCUCCGAGAUCUGCUCGAUGCAAUCGAGCCGCCGCAAGAGCCGGCGCCGGCUGGACCAUUUCCUUCAUCUGCAUCUUCAUCGCAAAAUGCCAAUGCCAGUUCCAGCACUAGUCCCGGUCCUGGGCUAGGACGUAUGAAUGCAGAAACCGAUGUUCCCCUGGGAGGCAAAGUCGAGUUGAGAGUGAUACAGCUAGCUGCAUCCGGUACCGGUGUGAUGAUAGGUAACCAGAAGAUCAUGCAUAUCACGCGACACAAUGUGAUGGACUACACUAAGUCCCAAGCGAAGUUGAGGCAGAAGUGGGAAGUUGAGGUUGCCGAGGGUGUCGAUUUGUUGCUGGUGAGUUUUCUUUUCGUUUCAACGGGGAUAAGUGGGCUUCCGUAG